AUGUCUGACCCGUUCAAGACCAGAACUCUGAAGAGGAAGAAUGUGAAAGGGCUGGCUCUAAAUGCUCCUCCGCCACGAACAGCGAAUCCGUCGGAGGGUGAUGCGCAGAUACCGGGGGCUCUGGGCAACUCCGAAAGUGACCGUACGGACACAUUGGAGAUCGGGUUAGAAUUCAAGUUGGAUUUGAGAAGUGAAGAUCUGGUGGUCCUCAAAGAGUUGGGCGCUGGCAAUGGAGGUACGGUCAGUAAAGUCAUGCAUGCUACCACCAAAGUCAUCAUGGCCAGAAAGAUCAUCCGGGUCGAUGCAAAAGAGAACGUCCGCAAGCAGAUUGUGAGGGAGUUGCAAGUCGGUCAUGACUGCAGUUCCCCGUAUGUGAUCACAUUUUACGGCGCCUUUCAGAAUGAGGCUCGUGACAUUGUACUGUGUAUGGAAUACAUGGACUGCGGUUCUUUGGAUCGGAUAUCGAAAGACUUCGGACCUAUUCGGGUCGACGUGCUUGGGAAGAUAACAGAGUCAAUUCUAGGUGGCUUGGUCUAUCUCUACGAAGCGCAUCGCAUCAUGCACCGAGACAUCAAGCCUUCCAACGUUCUGGUCAAUUCUCGUGGCAUGAUCAAACUGUGUGAUUUCGGAGUUGCGACAGAGACCGUGAACUCGGUCGCAAACACCUUUGUGGGGACUUCAACAUACAUGGCUCCAGAGCGAAUCCAGGGAGGAGCGUACUCGAUCAAAUCAGAUGUGUGGAGUGUUGGUCUUACAGUGAUGGAAUUGGCUAUCGGCAGAUUUCCCUUCGACUCUAGCGACUCUGCCGCAGGCGACAGAGCUAGUGCGGGACCGAUGGGAAUCCUCGACCUUCUGCAGACUAUUGUCCACGAGCCUGCGCCGAAGUUGCCCAAGAGUGAAGCAUUCCCCAGCAUUUUGGAAGACUUUGUGGCCAAGUGUUUGUUGAAGAACCCUGACGAAAGACCAACACCCAGAGAGCUGUAUGAUAGGGACAAUUUUCUACAAGCGGCCAAGAGAACUCCAGUCGAUUUGCAAGAGUGGGCGGUAUCAAUGAUGGAGCGACACAAUCGGAAAUCCUACCUUGCACCACCCGCGCCCAAAUCUCUCAAGAGUGACGGUACAAGCUCGGAUGCCUCUUACACGACCUCGGCCGCGUCUACAGCAUCCUUUGCCAGCGACAUCCGGGGCACGCCUGUUACUGCCAGGCAACACAAAGUGCCCGCGACUGGUCAUAUACCCGUUGCCGCACCUCAAUUUGUUGGUCAGCAUACUCCCACAGGGAUCGUGGAAAGAUCACCACCACCCCCGUUGUCACUACAACACUUGUCCCUUGAGACGCGAGACGCCCCGAGCGGAGUUGUGCCGCGUCCCAACCGCAUGGGGUACAACGACCGUGACAACAUUCCUGAGCCUGCAUCGGCAAUUGAACCCUCACAGCGGCCAGUCUUUCCUCCCCGAACAAGUAGCAACGGUUCAGCGAUGAACGGACGAAACCCAUUAGCAAGUCCACCUCUGUCCUUACGACAGCCACCGCCAACAGGGCCACUACCACCACCCCCGGUGAAGGAUUUGCCGGCGCCUCCACUAUUGCAUGGUGCGGGCAUAGCCAGUCCGCGUCGGCUGAGGUGA